CAUUUGUUCUUACGUUUUAGUGGCCUCUUAACAUGCGCAAAUGCUGAAACGCACUCAGGGGCUAGGACCAGGGAAUAAUAAUAAUAAUAAUAAUUACAACGCCGGCCCAUAGGGCCUGGCAUGGAUUAACGGUGCAAGGUGACUAGGGCGAGAGGGCCCGUCCCCCUCACGCUGACGCCUCACCACGAAAGAGUCACAACCUCCGAAACUACAACCUCCAAGUCCUAGGCCGCUCUUCAAAGUCCACUACAUCCAAGCCUGCACACCUAGCAUAUCGAGCUAGGGAAACGCCACAUUAUAGUAGUGGAGCACUGCCAGUUCGUGCAAACCGAGGAGUCAUGGCGCUCCUCCUCGAGCCUUGGAUCUUGAGCCUUGUCUUGAACCUUGGACCUCGCCACUAAAUAGGACUUCUGCACCACGACCUUUCUAGGUUGCAGCGGGCAUAAGCCCGCAAUUGCCACUAAGGGCAAUUACCUAUCGUUCGUGGGAUCACCAAUCGGUUUCGCACCAAUCUUUCGCCUUUUGCAUAAUUGGGCUUUUAUCCGGAUUCGUACCCGGGUCCCUUCUGCCGUAAGGACGAAUCAAAUCGCUAACUGAGUUAGCGAUCCGGUGAUGGCUAGGACCAGGGGGGCAUGCCAAGAAUCAUGGCACCGCUCACCCCCGCACUAGGACACCUACACACGACCGAAACGUUAAGCAAAAGCUUGAUUUUGACGUGCCCAACCUAGAAGAGAUGGACCCGGACACAGCUGCGACCCUAGCGCAGGCGCAGAAUGAUCUUCAGCCCGGCGCCCAAGCCACUUACGCCUUCUCCUCGGCUCCGCUAGCUAUACUUGGUGGCAUGCUCGCCGACGGGACCCUUAACCUUAUCUUUGGCGCUGCCGGCGUGGGCAAGACGACCGUCGUUGCGUACUUGAUUAUGGCCCUUCUCGCCGGUGGCUGCAUUUUUGGGCGGCCUUGCGCUCCCCUGGUAGCGCGCGAUGACAACGGUGUCGCAUUGGUUUCACGUAUCCUGGUAUACGAGGGCGAGAACCGCGCUUCCGAGGCACAGCAACUCGUCGCAGCUGUCGCAUCGGCGUUUGGGACUUCUGCGGCUCUCAUCGAUAUCGACCACCAGGUGCGCUAAAUGUGUUAUCGUGAUGAAAACACUUAUUAUUGACUCGAAUGUCUACUUAUUUGGUUCCAUGUCGUUGUCGUUUGCAGAUAAAAUUUAUGCGAGUCGGCCACGGCGGGUUUUCAUGGAGGCGAGUCAAGGACCCUCAAGCCAGUGACGAAGGUUUAUUUCUGGAGACUGGACUAAUUCAGGUCAUUCGCAACGCCAUCUUGGACCGAUCCGUGUGUUGUGUCGUCCUCGACUCCCUGCUCAGCCUCUUGCGUUACGACCAAGCUUCUGCCAACAACCCCAACGUUAUGAUGAGCUUGUUACAGGUGUGUGUAUGUGUUUGUAAGUCUGUAUGUGACAUGUCCGUAUGGGAAGGGGGGGGGCAUCUGCAGACAUGUGUGUGGACGCGUGUCACAGUAUUGCGCUGCACACACUCCUUCGAUCUUACAUCUUAUCCGGUGCUGCGCAGGACCUGUUUACGUUAUGUGCAAUUCGUGGCGUCACAAUCAUUUUGUUACAUCAUGUCAACAAGAAGAGUGCCGGCAACAUUGCUGCUGGUGCACGAGUAAAUGCUUCAAUGCUUUCUGGGUCGUCCAGCAUUACCAACAACGUACAGCAUAUCAUUGGUAUUCAGAACCACACGGAUCCCGGAUGGGUCGAGGUGAGCAUGUCUGGGGGGAGAGCGUUUGGUAUGUGGCUGUGGCUUUCUGGGGCUUCUCUGUGCACAGCUGUAGCUUUGUUGCCUGAGCUGUCUCACCCUAUAGAUGCAUUUUUACUGACACCAUGCUUCCUUUUGCAUGCAGAUUGAGGUCGUGAAGAGUAAUGUUACAAGCACUGGGCUUGUCAGCUAUCUCAACACUUCCCGGCCUCUUGACUUCUCAAUGAUCACACCCCCGUCACUGGGCCAUCAAUCCAAUACCUCCACCGACACUCAGCUUGCUAUGAUGAAAAUGGUAGCUAAUAGUGGCCGGCACGGUGCAUUAUGGUUGGCUAUUGAGACAUCGUUGGGUGGCAAACCUACGGACCUAAUGGAUGCACGCGACGCCCUUUAUCGACAACAGCUUGUUUACCACAUUCAGGGCUCCGACAGGUACGGUUCGUUCAUGCUUUCGGGAUCCCUUGCUGCGGUUUGGCUAAUCACACAAUCGUA